AUGUCUUGUUCCAAUCCUACUAGUAGCAUCAAUGUCACCACAACUGAUCAAAACCCUAAUAUCAAUGUCACACCAACUGAUCAAAACCCUAAUAGUAGUGAUAAUAAGAUAUACAGGGGGGUGAGGAAGAGAAAUUGGGGAAAAUGGGUAUCUGAGAUUAGGCUUCCAAAUAGUAGGGAGAGAAUAUGGUUAGGAUCAUAUGACACACAAGAGAAAGCAGCAAGAGCAUUUGAUGCAGCCCUUUAUUGUCUACGUGGUCCUCAUGCAAGUUUCAAUUUCCCUAACACACCUCUUACCAUCAAUGUAGCUGUGAAUCAUGGUGUUGGUCACCAAUCUCUUUCACCAGAAGAAAUCCAAGAGAUUGCUGCGAAAUUUGCCAAUGAGUCGUCGCCACCAAUUGAGCUCACUCAAGAAGAAGAUCAUCAAGUACCUUCAGAUCCUCUAGAAUCACAAAAUGAUACCAAUUCAAAUGCUUAUUCAUAUCCUUUAGAUAAUGAUAUUGGUGAUUUGAGGAGGAUGGAUUGGACAUUUGAUGAUAUGUUUGAGGACAUGAAUGGAGUUGCUAAUGGCUCUGAUUUUUAUGGGCUGCAAAAUAUGCAAUACUCAACUCCACCCUUUGAAGAGGAUAAUGUGGACCAAAUUGAAUGUGAAGAUACUUUUACUAAUCAUUCAACCCUUUGGAAUUGGAACUUUUGA